CGGGGCGGGGGCCCGGCCGGGCAGGGAGGGGGAGCCGUGGAAUGGCGGACGGGCGGGCCGGCCCGCCCUGGUGGUAGUGAGACCGGGGGCGCGGAGGGGACAGCCGCGGACAGGAACAGUGCCUGAAGCAGGUCCACCAUGCCGUUAGUAACGAGGAACAUUGAGCCAAGGCACCUGUGCCGUCAGACGUUGCCUAGCGUUCCGAGCGAGCUGGAAUGCGUGACCAACAUCACCCUGGCAAAUGUCAUUCGACAGCUGGGCAGCCUGAGUAAAUCUGCAGAAGACAUAUUUGGAGAGUUGUUUACUCAAGCCAACACCUUUGCCUCUCGGGUGAGCGUUCUCGUCGAGAGAGUUGACCGCUUGCAAGUCAAAGUCACUCAGCUGGAUCCCAAAGAGGAGGAAGUCUCCUUGCAAGGCAUUAACACCAGGAAGGCCUUCAAAAGCUCCACCACUCAGGACCAGAAGCUCUUUGACAGAGAUUCUCUCCCAGUGCCUGUCCUCGAAACCUACAGGACCUGCAAUACCCCUCCACCUCUCAACAUCCUCUCACCUUACAGGGAUGAUGGCAAAGAGGCACUUAAAUUCUACACAGAUCCUUCGUAUUUCUUCGACCUUUGGAAGGAGAAGAUGCUUCAGGACACCAAGGAUAUCAUGAAGGAAAAGCGGAAACAUAGGAAAGAGAAAAAGGAGAAUCCGAACCGAGGAAAUGUGAAUCCACGGAAAAUCAAAACCCGCAAAGAGGAGUGGGAGAAGCUGAAAAUGGGACAAGAAUUUGUGGAGUCAAAGGACAAGCACGGUCCUGCAGGGUACCCCUCCAACAUGGUGUACCAGAACGGCAGCAUCGGCUCCGGCGAGAGCAUGGAUGGGAGCUGCUACCCGCCACCGCCGCAGACUGACUCCAUUGUGCCACCACCUCCCUCGUUCCCAGAUGACAGCCUGCCUCCACCCCCGGUGGAAUUUAGCUAUCCUGUAGACAACCAAAGAGGUUCUGGUUCUGGAGGGCCCAAACGAUCCAGCCUGGUUAGCCCGAGCCACCCGCCACCAGCUCCUCCGAUCGGAUCGCCCUCCGCAGCCAGGCCGGGCUUUGCUCCCCCUCCAGCUCCUCCUCCACCGCCACCCCUGAUGGAAAACACCCCCCCUCCGCCACCUCCCAUGGGCUUCCCCUCCCCGGGGACCCCCCCGCCGCCCUCGCCCCCCUCUUUCCCUCCUCACCCUGAGUUUGCUGCCCCUCCACCUCCCCCGCCUCCCCCGGCAGUCGAUUACUCCAGCGUUCUCCCAGCCCCGCUGUCGCAGCCGGGCGCUGGGAUUGCGCCGCCCCCGCCGCCGCCCCCGCCGCCUCCGGGCCCACCCCCCCUGGCUUCCAGCGGCCUGGAUGGACCCCCGCCCCCCCCUCCGCCCUCCGACACCUCCACAUCCAAGCCCAAGUCAUCCUUGCCCGCGGUGAGCGAUGCCAGGAGCGAUCUGCUGUCGGCUAUUCGGCAAGGCUUCCAGCUGCGCAAGGUGGAGGAGCAGCGGGAGCAGGAGAAGAGGGAUGUUGUGGGCAACGACGUGGCCACCAUCCUGUCGCGCCGCAUCGCCGUGGAGUACAGCGACUCCGAGGACGACUCCUCCGAGUUCGACGAGGACGAGUGGUCGGAUUAGCCACGCUCCCACCCCUCCUUCCCUCCUCUCCUCCUUACCCAGUCAGGUGGCCAAACCUCGCACCACGUCCUUUGCAUCCUGUAACCAAAGAUGUGCCAAGGGUUUUCAGACAACCAGCAGCAUAUCUCCCCUGUCCCUCCC